AAGAAAUUAAUUUAUAUUCGCGCAGGAAGUUUGUGAUCAACCGUUUCAACUUGAAGCUACGUCUAUAUUUCUCGUUACCAUUUUGGCAUUGGCAUCCUACCUAGAACUGAUUUCAAGAUGGAGGCGUACAUAAAUGAUAUCGAUGUGGAAGAUGUGGAGACGAUCAGCAAGAAAACCCCUCGUGAGUUUUCGUCCCCUUGGCACUUUAGUGAUGUGGUACUUGUUGUGGAGGACACCAAAUUUCAUGUACACAAAAGCACCCUAUCAAUAUGGUCCCCAGUGUUCGAAGCCAUGUUUACGUCCCACUUCAAAGAGCGUACUGCCAAAGAGAUCCCGUUACCAGGGAAACGUGCUGAUGAAGUCGAGCAAUUCCUUAAAGUGAUUUAUUUUGAUGAUACAAAACAAAAAGUCACAGAAACAAACUACGAGUUUCUGUUAGAACUUGCCAGAGAAUAUCAAGUGGAUAAAGUCCAGCAAUACUGUGGCCAGUAUAUGAAGCAGUGCAUCAAUGACCAAAACUGUCUUCAUCGCUACAACAUUGCUGACAGUUUUGGACUUGAAGAUGUCAUGGAAAAAUGUAAUGAAGAAGCUCGAUUUAAAUCCUCAACUGAUCUGGAGAAGAGUGCCGACUUUCUUGGACUGGGGUUUAAAUCCAAGUUCAAACUCUGCAUGGCAAGAAUGAAAGARCUUGAGAAAGUGUUAGGGAACUAUGUUGAAAUCUGUUCCGAGCUGGUCAGCGGUUAUUAUGAGGAAUUAUCAGUCAAGGUGCGAAGCGACAUUAUGAACUUCUGUGACAAUCAGUCAUCACAUUCAUCAGAUUCCUCAUUUAAUUCGUCUGGCGGAGGCGUGCAUCAUGUUAAGAAGGAUUUUGAUUCCUCUUGCAUGUUUUGCAGAAAGAGAAUCGAGCGUUGUCAAAGCGACAUUGACGCAGUGAGUGUCAUACAUUUCGAUGAUCUCUUCAUCAAGCUGUAUGACUUAGAACAUGAUGAUAAGGUAGCAAGAAUUGCAGAAAAUAUGAAGUGUUCCUGUAGCACGAGUGCUGAUCACAUGUUUAACUCUCGUAAAGCCUCGACGACUGAGGAUGCAGGGCUUUUGAAAGAUUCAUUGGAUUUUUCUUCACCUUGGCACUUUAGUGAUGUGGUACUUAUUGUGGAAGACACCAAAUUCCACGUACACAAGAGCACCCUAUCAAUGUGGUCCCCGGUGUUCGAAGCCAUGUUUACGUCCCAGUUCAGGGAGAGUAAUGCCAAAGAAAUCCCGUUACCAGGGAAACGUGCUGAGGAAGUGAAGGAGUUACUUCACGUGAUUUACUCAAGUUGGUCAAAACCAAAAAUAACAGAUGAAAACUACCAGUUUCUACUUCAACUCGCCGACGAAUACCAGAUGGAUCGAGUAAAGAGGUCGUGCAGCAAGUUCCUGGUCAAUAAAAUUGAAGUAUCAAAUUGCCUUGAAUUCUUCAAACUUGCUGAACAGUUUGGCCUUGAUGACGUAACAGAAAAGUGUUACCAGGAAGUUCGUUACAACUCGUCUGCUGAUCUGGAAGAUUCAGAGCACUUUGUUGGUUUUGAACCCGAAGUUAAAGUCGAUAUCUGCAUGAGGGUUAUCAAAGAACUGGAGAGAACCCUGCGAGAGUAUGUGAAGACUUGCUCUGGUCUGGUGCAGAAAGUUUAUAAAAAAGUCUAUGAGAGCUUUCACAGCAGUAUUAGUUUUGUGUCUUUCAUUUAUAGGCCACUAUUUAGCAACAGCAAUACAAAGUCAUCAUCGUACAGCAAUACACAGCAGUACAAAGACCCCAGCGAGCAUAUAAAAGUACAUGAAGGACUCCAAAAUAAAUUUCAAACAGAAUUAGCUAAGGCUAAAAUAAGUGAUGGAUACAGUUCUCUUAAUCCAAAGGAUUAUAAUACCAAAUACUUUGAGUUUUCAUGUAGUUUAUGUCUAAAGCAAGUUCAGGCAAUACCCUGGAAUAACAGCAAAAAGUAUAGUAUCCUAAAGGAACCGUUAAACAAAUUAAAUGCGUUACAACAAAAUAACAAAGUAGUAAAGAUGGCUGAUAAAUGGAAGGAAAACUUUUCUAAUCCAUUCGGCUUUCAGAGCGGUUUUACCUUUGGAAAAUUGUAAACAAACAAAUAAAUGAUUUUUCGAAGAACGUCA